AUGUCUUCACGCGGUCUCCCUGACGUGUUGAUGCAAAAAGUCGACGACUACGUCGAUUCGCUGGCGCCCCAGAUCCAGCCCCGCAUCGCCUCCGAACUUGAGACCUUUCAACAAAAGACUAUCGACAGUCUUGAGACGCAAGUCGUAGACGCGUUCCGUUCGCUGUUCAACAAGGACAAGCCGUCUUCAUCAGAUGGCAGUCGCUCUGGUCCUUGGAAUCUCAAUGACGCAGCACCUGAUUCCUAUGGUGGCCAGUCACUGCCCUUUGCUGAUGAGAUUUCCAAGUUGACACGAAGCUUCGGACAGAUCUCUGAUGAAGCGAGCGGUGAUUUACGCGAUAUCUUCGAUCUUACUUCAGGAAACAGAGGCGGUGCUGAGCAGUCUCGAUCUGUAGAUGGGGAUUUCUCCUCUGGAGCUAGGGGGUUUCUUUCCUCAGCACUCAAUGUCGUACAAGAUCAUUUCGACGAAAAAGGGUCGAAAGGUGGCCAAUCCUUUGAGAUUGGUGGACUACUCGGCAUGAUCAGUAGCACGAUCAAAGAUGCAUCACAGAACCCUGAAGAGAAAGCAAGACUCAUCAGUCCAGAGAUCAAGCAAACAGUGGGCGACAAGCUACGCGAACAACAUGCACCCCUCGCCGAACAAUUCACCCGUAUAGCCCUGGAUCACAUCAAGCGCUGGCUCCGUGGGAACACAAGCACACGUGAUCUUGGUGACGGUGCUAAAGCCGAGAUUGCCGAACAAGUAGGUGACCUGGUCAAGGGUCUUGGAAGCUUGUUCGGAAGCAAGAAGAGCAGCAAUGAAGAAUCCUCCAGAGGCUUCGAUGACUCUAGCCGCGAUGGCGAGAGUGGUAGUGGAGGUGGCUUUUCCAGAGUUAUCAGCGACAAGCUCAGUACGGGUCUCGCCAAAGUCCACCGUGAAGUUCGUCUAGAGUUCCGCAAGAUUCUUGGACAAAUCGAGAAGCAACUAUUCGAAUUACUGCCCGAUCAGUUCCAACGACCGCUCGAGAAGAUACUAGGUGGCAAUCCCUUCGAUUCACAGCUCGACCGCGAUGCGUCAGGUCCCGCUGACCGCGGAUUUGGGGAUGACAUCAAGUCUAAACUGCUCAGCAAGAUUCGCGCCUUAGUCCAAAAAGUACAAGAGACGCUGCGAGAGAGCAUCUUAGGUGUAGUCAACGGUGGACAUCGCAAGUUCGAGCGCCAAAGCUGGGUCUUUGUGCAGGGCAUGGUAGAGCAGAAGGUGCAGAGAUACCUACCUGACGUCAAGAUCAAUGUUCCAGACGAUAUCGGGAACGAGAACGUGAGCGUUGGAGCACCGACUGCGAAUACUCAAAUGGGAGGAGGAUACCAACCUCCGUCACAACCACCACAAGGCGACUACCGUCCAGCUCCUCCUCAAGGUGGGAGCUACAACGGACAACAACACGCGCAACAAGGAUACAACAAUCCGCCGCAGUACCAGAGCCACGACCAAUACCGAGAGGAACCGAGACGAGAGUACCAAGAUCACCAAGCGCCACAAUACCCUCCGCCUCAAAACUACCGCCCUGAGUAUGACGCACCGCCUCGUCAAGGCUAUGCCCCCCAGCAGUAUCAGCAAUCUCAAGACUAUCGACCUGAGCAUCACGCGCCACCUCCACAGGGUUAUAAUAACCAUGGUCCUCCAGACCAUCGAUCUGAGCAGUAUCCACCGCCGCAACAAGGCUAUCAGCAGCAAGGCUACCCUCCACAAAACCAACAGGACUUUCCUCAUCUAGGAUAUCGCGAUGGCGAGUACCGGAGGCCGAAUUAUUAA